CACUGCUCCCAAACAGAAUCAGUCAAUAACAAAUGGAAGACUUGUCAAUCAAAAAUGUCAACCUGGAAAAAUCCGAAAACCUGCAGAGACACAGGACAGAGGGAUUCUGCAGCUCCAAGAGCCUGGUGGUGCGGCGAGGAGCCCCGUUCAGGAUCAGCCUGCAGCUGCAGGGCCGACCAUUCAACCCCCACAUCGACUUUCUGAGUGUCAAAAUUUUACUAGGCCGCCUUUAUGUUUCAAUGCCAGUCUCUUUCUCCAAGAAAGUCUCUCCCACCAAAUGGACAGCGUACAUGGAGUCAAAGGACUUGGAUUUCCAGAAUCCCUCCAUCUUCAUCUCUACUCCCGCCUCUGCCUCAGUGGGAUGCUACAGGUUUCAGCUGCGUGUGUUUACUCAGGGUGGCAAGAGGAAGGCCGCUCUCGGCAGAUUCAUCCUGCUCUGCAAUCCUUGGUGUCGUGAGGAUGCAGUUCAUAUUCCCUUUGAGGACCAGAGAGAGGAAUAUGUCCAGAAUGACUCUGGGUUAUUGUUCAUGGGGACAGCGAUGAACCUCGUGUCAAGACCAUGGUCCUUUGAUCAGUAUGAGCCUGGCGUCCUGGAGUCAUGCCUGAGUCUGCUGCAAGUCAGCCCUCAGCACCAAAAGAGCCGACGAGAGGACUAUUUGAAACGAUUCGACCCCGUCUACAUCAGCCGGGUCGUGUCUGCCAUGAUCAACUCAGAAGAUGACCGUGGAGUUCUGAAAGGGAACUGGUCGGGAGACUUCAAACAAGGAGUGAAUCCCACCAUGUGGACGGGGAGUGGGGACAUCUUGAGUCAGUGGACAAAGUCCGGUUACAAACCAGUCAAGUAUGGGCAGUGCUGGGUGUUUGCUGCCGUCAUGUGCACAGUCAUGAGAGUUCUUGGCAUUCCUUGCCGCGUUGUCACCAACUUCAACUCGGCUCACGACACCAAUGGCAACCUGGUGCUGGAGGAAUACUACAACGAAAAGGGAGAGAAGCUGAAGAUCAGCAAAGACAGCUUAUGGAACUUCCAUGUCUGGGUGGAAUGCUGGAUGACUCGUAAGGAUUUAGUAUCUGGGAUGGAUGGAUGGCAGGUUCUGGACCCAACCCCUCAGAACAGGAGUGGAGGCGUGUUCUGCUGUGGCCCGUCGCCGGUCAAGGCCAUCAAGGAGCGCCGCAUGGACCUGUAUUAUGACAUCCCCUUUGUUUAUGCUGAGGUGAACGCCGACAUUCACACAAUCAUAAUGAGCGAGGGUCGCGUGCUUAGCCUCAACAAAGACACGGAGAGAGUCGGAUCCCUCAUCUGCACCAAAGUCAUUGGUUUCCCCAGACUUCAGAACAUCACAGGAGACUACAAAUACAUCAAAAGCCCAACUUCAACAAUCUCAUCGAGAAGCUCCACAUCAGACGACUCGACAUUAAGACGGGCAAGCGCAUCCAAAGGAGUAUUAGUCUCUCUGACCCUGGAUAAAGCUCCUGUCGCUGGAGAGCCCAUCUGCUUCACAGUGAAAGUCAUGAACAAACAGAACCAUACCAAGUUAAUGAAGGUGAAUAUCAACGCUCAGGCUAAAGAAUACAACCACUCCCCCUCAGACACCUUCUGGGAAACCAAUGGCAUCAUACAGCUUGAACCAAUGGAAGUCAAAGUUGUGACCAAGCAGAUCGCGCCGGCUCAGUAUGAGGAUGUGAUCGGAGACGACCUGAUCAACCUUGCAGUAGUCCUGGAAGACAUGGCCACGCACAAGUGGGUUCUGGCCUCAGAGGAGUUCAAUAUUGCCAGCCCACAGCUCACCAUACAGAUUGCAGAUGAAGACUCCGUUGUGGCCAACAAGGAGCAAACUGCCACCGUGAGCUUCACCAACACGUUUUCUCACAUGGUGGGUGGAGUACUGACGGUUGCCGGAGCUGGGCUGAUCCCGGGCAAGAUUAACUUUAGGAUAUUACCACUGCGAGCAGGGGGAAAAGUGGAGCAACGCAUCAGUUUCAUCCCCAGCGUAACGGGAACAAAGAUGCUGCAGGCGAGCCUGUCACUGAUGAACGUCAACUCCACAAUCAGAGGCUUUAAGAUGGUCCGAGUCAACAGAGCUUAGAUCCCUUUAUUCCUACUUUUGCUCACGCUUCAGCAAAAAAUGUUACAUUUCUCAUAUAAUUGUGAUACAGAGUGUUUGUGCCG